AUAAAGGACCAAGUGACAAAUGUCAUUACAAUGGUAAAUAGUUAGUGGUAAAUAAUAUAUCGGGCUCAGAUAUUUCUGCGAAUAUGUGGCGUUUUAUUAUACUUGCAUUCCUAGUGGUGAAUGUUACACCAUCGAUAAUUCCUCACUAUCCCGUUAAUCUGAUGCGGUUGUUCGGCUCAAACGAGUUAAACAAUGCCAAAAGAGAAACACAGGAAGUAUGCCAAAGCCGGCAGUGCAAAAGAAUUGCUAAUACGAUUCUUAAGAGUAUGAAUAAAUCUGUGAAUCCGUGCGAUGAUUUUUAUGAAUAUGCGUGUGGAGAAUUUUCGAAACAUUUUCCCCUUCCAUUUGGAUUGUCCAAUUGGAAUUUAUGGAAUAUUCUCAACUCCAGAGUCAACGCUAUAAUGCAACGUAUUCUAAAUGCUGAAAUUAAGGACAGCGAUAUUUUGGCAGUAAAGAUCGCAAAAAAAUGGUACAAGUCUUGCACCAAUACGGAUGCGAUGGAUAAACGAGGGCUCGAACCCUUGAUUACCACUUUAUCGGAUAUGGGCGGCUGGCCGAUGAUAAUGGAACCAGAUGAAUGGAAUGAACAAGAAUACAAUUGGCAAAAAGUGGACGAUGAGUAUAUGCGUUUAACGGGAGAAAAUACUUUCCAUAAAGUAAAGGUGGUACCAAUAAAGGACGCAAGCGGAACUAAAAUGGGUGUCAAUAUCCAAGUGCCAGAUCUACCUCCACGUGCAUCGGCACUGUUGCCUAAAAACUCUAAUAAUAUUGAUGACGACGACGAGGACGAUGACGAUGACGACGACGACGACGACGACGACGACGACGACGACGACAACGACGUCGACGACGAUGAUAAUGACGACGACGACGACGAUGAGGACGACGACGACGAUUACGACGACGACGACGAUUACGACGACGACGACGAUAAUGAUGAUGAUGAUGAUAGCAAUGAUGAUACGGGAGAAGAGGACAAUAAGAACAUCAAAAGAAAAGUUAACAGAAAACACUCGACCAGCAAAAUUAGUCACAAGAGAAAUAAAAUAUCGAGACAUAACAAAAAGAGAAAGAAUGAAAUUAAAAUCCUUACAAAGCAUGAUAAUCAUAAGACGAAAAGACACAGAGUAAAAAAGCAGAUAAUAACGAAAAAAGGUGGUAAACGCAUUCAGCGUUCUACUCAUCACGAAAAGUUCCACAAGCGAGACAGCAAGAAAAAUCACAAAGAAACAAAGGAACAAAAACCAAAGACAAAGAGAAUUUUGAAGACUGAUGAAACGCACACUACGACAAAAUCGCGAGUUACCGCGAGUACCACUGAAGAAACGAAUGUCGAAGAGGAGACAUUGCGACAAUAUGUUAAUUAUAUUUCAAAAGUAGCUCAUGCUCUAGCUGAGGAAAGAGGUAUUGCAAUUCCGCAAGAGCAGCUCGACAAAGAUAUUGAUGAUAUGGUCCAAUUUCAAAUAAAAUUAACUCAACGAAUUGCUCAAGUGUCUGAUGACUUGGGUGAAAUAACACUUAAUAAUCUUCAAAAAGAAUACGAUGAGUUAAAUAAAACUGUUAACGGCCAGAUUAAUUGGAUAGAUAAAAUCACGGCAUUGUUCCAUGAGGCCAGCGUAUCCAGCGUGCAUGAUAAUAUUACUCUAUUUAUAUCAGCAUCAGAUUACUUUGACGAUCUUGCCCCUUUGCUGGACGAAACGUCAACUCGAACUAUUGUAAAUUAUAUACACUGGCGAUUUAUAAACAGAGUAAUAAUGGCAACUACGGAUGAAAUGAGGAAAAUAUACAACGUUUGGGAUGACUCUAAAAAGUACAGAUCGUCUGUAUGCAAGAAAAAGGAAUUGAUUAACAUUUUAGCAUACGAAUACAUAAAAGCAAAUUUCUCUGAGGAAACUCUGAUCACUGCAUCGGAUAUGCUAGACGAUAUACAAAAGGAAGUCGAAUACCAAAUUAAAGAAUCAGAUUGGAUGGAUGAUGAUACUAAAGCUUUUGUUUUAGCGAAAUUGGUGCAUAUGAAAAAAGUAAUUGGAUAUUCGGAUUGGUAUAGAAAUGCGACAAUAGUGAACCAUUAUUUUCGAGAACUGCAUGUUGGCAAGUCGUAUUAUGAAAAUCAACUCAACUACGACAGAUUCGCUAAAUGGAAGGAACUCCGAAAGAUAAUGGCGGAUCCUGAAUUAACGAUAGACCCAACUGAACUAAAUGGCUUUUUCAUGCCUUGGAAGAAUGGUUUAGCUAUUUCAGCGGCAGAUUUCCAGAGCCCAUUUUUUGAUUACAAUCGACCAGCAUUUGUGAAUUUUGGUUUUAUUGGGUUUGUGAUGGCUCAUGAAGUAAAUCAUGGAUUCGACGAUACAGGACAUUUGUACGAUAAGAGUGGGAAAAGCGUUGAAUGGUUAUCCGCAAUGGCCAAAGCGUAUGAAAAAAGAGAAGAGUGUUUUGUGAAUCAGUUUAAUCAUUAUCCUGUCGACAAGGCAAAUACAACGAUAAAAAACUACGGUAAUCAAACAAUAAGUGACAAUAUCGCGGAUACAAUGGGAUUACAGGCAGUGUUUCGAGCUUAUCGAAGAAGAGAAAGGGAGUGUGGUAAAACGGAUGCUGCAUUGCCGGGUCUGGAAGAAUUUACCAACGAUCAAAUUUUCUUCUUAUCUUUUGCCAAUUUAUGGUGUGAAGCCGUUGAUCCAGAUACAGUCGUCGAGUCGGCCAUGGAUGACGAACACAGUACAGGACGGUUAAGAAUAAUAGGGUCCGUUUCAAACUCGGACGAUUUCGCCAAAGCUUACAAUUGUCCAGUGGGUAGUCCGAUGAAUCCCAAAAAGAAAUGCAAUAUCUGGAAGUGAUUCAUAAAACUAAACCAAGCAUUCGUAAAUUAUAUAUAUUAUGUUAUAUAUCUUACAAGAAAUGUCUAUGCAAAUAUAUCUUGAUUAAUAAAAUAAAGCAUACGCGAAGGAA